AUGGCCUCCGCCUCGCUUUGUCAUUCCGAUGUAAUGAUGAUCGAAGCUGGACACUCUUUCACGCUCGGCCACGAAGGUGCCGGCUACAUCGAAGAAGUCCACGAGUCUGUGGCCGACAUUGGAUUCAACAAAGGGGAUCCUGUGGGGUUUCUGUAUACCGAUGGGUGCUGCUAUCAAUGUGAAGGGUGUCAAUUGUUUCCAUUACACUGCUUUAAAGGCAAGCAGAAAUUGCAUGGAUACAGUACGGACGGGUUCUUUGCCGAGUAUGCUGUCGUCGAUGCGCAGAAUUGCGUUCGAUUGCCUGAGUCGAUCGAUGUAAAGACUGCUUCGCCAUAUUUCUGUGCUGGACUAACCGCCUUCCACUCGGUUGACAGCUGCGACUUGACUGAGGGUCAGUGGCUGGCUGUAGUUGGAGCUGGGGGUCUUGGUCAGUUCGCGAUACAGAUCGGCAAAGCCAUGAAGCUCAAAGUGAUCACCGUGGACGUCAACGAUGAGACUCUUGCUAUUUGCAAGGAACUCGGCGCCGACGCUGUCUACAACUCGAGAUCGAACGAGGCUUAUGUGGAAGAAAUCAAGCAGCUGACUCAGGGAGGAGUGCACGCCGCUUGCGUAUUUAGCAAUGCUGAUGCUGCGUAUUCGAGUGCUCCAUCGCUCUUGAAAUUUGGAGGGUUGCUAAUGGUGGCUGGCAUUCCGAAGAGCCCACUCUCUAUCAACGCAUGGGAUCUAGCCGGAGGCAAGCUCAGGAUCAAAGGCGAAAGUACCGGCACUGCCCAUCGUAUGCAGAAAGGCGUGGAUUUCUUUGCUGAGCAUGGCAUCAAACCAGCUAUCGAGCAUCGCAAGCUGGAAGAUCUGAACGAUAUGAUUGAUGAGCUCAAUGCUGGAAACGCAAUGCGGCGUAAGCUGGUAUCGUUUUGA